AAGAAGAGGAAAGAGCAGCAGCAGAAGAAGCAGAACGACGAGAGAGAGAGAGAGGGAGAGAGAGCGGCGGGGCCGGAAAGGGGGCGAUCGAGCAAGAUAAUGAGCACAGGACGGCCUUGCACUACUGCACCAAGCGAGCAGCAGGAUCCGGAGGAUUCCAUCGCGAGAGAGGGAGAGAGGUUCAGAGCGGACAAGAAAAGAGCGCGAGGUGGCUGGGCUUCGUUGAGUGGGGUCGAGCAUGGCAUGAUCUUGUUGGCCGCAGAGGAGGAUGAAAUCUUGUCGCAGUCGCCACGAUCGCGAUGCAUGAGCAGUAGUGUGAGUGAGUAAGUGAGAGAGAGAGAGAGAGAGAGAGAGAGAGAGAGUGGGCGAUGUGGAGGCGGUCGGAGGAGGGCGAUGCAUGGGAAGGUUAUGUUUCGCCUUGGGGAUUGUAUUACCUUGGAAUAUAUGGAGAUGUUUGGAGGUGAUUGAUUGAGAUAUUGAUCAAUCAAUCUAUUAAUCAAUCUUCUGGGCUUUAUUAUGGGUGUCCGUGCAUCUUUCGUAGGCUCUCCGCAACAGAAGAUCUUGCGAUUGCUUGCCGGGGCGUGAGGGGAAACCACUGUUGGAAAACCGCGCUGAACAAUGUCCUGAGCUUUCCAGUCGGCUGGCGAGAGAGAAUCGGGCGCGCUUUUCAGAUUCUACUCGUCUACAGCUGCGGCCCUGUGCGCAUCUCGUGCUGCGAAAGUCGAUGAUAGUGUAUCUCCAACAGGGACACGUGAUUGAAAACUUCAAGCGUUAUAUACUUGAUGCGUAUGGUGGCUGAGGAACCUCUCGUGACGAGUGAGUUGACGGAGAAUUUUUCCAAGUCUGUAAGACCAUACCGAUGAUGCCCAGUUCGUAUGCCUGCCUCGAAAGUUCGAAACGAUUAUCCCGAGCUGAAAGACGUCGAGGUCAUGAUCUUUUAGUAGCUCCUCCUCAUGAAGUAUCGGGUUAAAUAGCGUGUCUGAGAAUUCGAGGAGCUUGAGCGCUGUUUGGAGUGAAAAUAUGAUCGUGACUGACUUAGAUCAAGAACUUCGAAUUGAGGAGGAAUUUUGAAGCCUGAUUGAGACGACUCGUGGAGGACUGAUGGAGGGUGAAAGCAAUCCGCGGGUGGUACUGCUAAACGACUGGCGUGGUACGGUUGUUGGCCUUGCCUACGAUUCGGAUUCUCACGAGGCCAGAGAAGCGAGUCCAAUUUUCACUUUGGAGCAUCGUUACACCAAUCUGCAGGACAGUGGAAGUGGGGUGACAGGAGUAGCCGGAGGUUUAUCCGCGGAUUCACAGCAACAGAGAUCAUCAACGGAUGGCGCGUUUCCUAGAGUUGCAUCUCACGUAUUGGAACGCCUCAUGCUCGUGGCGCGCAAAUGCCUGUUCAAAACAACCGUCGAAGAGCACGUGGAGAAAUUAUUUGCGGACGAUGUUCAUACGAAGGAGCGCGCUGCGUGUGCGCUGGCGGACCUCUCUCUCACCUCUCGAGAGCAUAAGCUGAAGAUUACCGAAACUCCGCGGGCUUUGGAGGGGCUUGUAAACUUAUUACAGCUGAAUUCGGCUGGGAUGACACAUCAUGAGGUCCAGUGCGCCAAGGCGCAGACGGAGGCAACGAGGGCUCUGGUAAGCCUGGCUUGUGAGCAAGAAAACAGGUGGAUCAUAUCUGAGUAUCCUUUUGCAUUAACAGGUCUCGUGAAAGUGCUUCUGACGAAUUGCGAUCCAGAGGCGAGAAAAUGGGCUGCACAGGCUUUGGGGAAUCUUUGCACGCAUUCACGAGAGGUUAGGUUGAAGAUUGGAGAGGUUCCUAAUGCUUUGGCAGGGCUUGUGAGGUUGGUCAACAAAGAUAAGGUGGAUUCAGUGAGAGAGCAAGCCGCGAGGACGUUAGCAAUCCUCAUGAAAGGACAGCAGGAAAAUAAGGAAAAGAUCGCUAAAAUUCCUCAUGCGGUUGCAUCUCUGGUGAGAUUGUUGGCACCUCAUGAGAGCCUGGGAGCGCAGAGGAUGGGGGCAUUAGCCUUGGCUAGUCUCAAUUACUCGGAAGACAUUUUGCUCGAGAUUGCUAACACCCCGGGUGCUGUAACGGCUUUAGUCGGUUUGCUGUCCGCUGACGAAAGGGCUCGCCACAAAUUAGAGUACGCGGCAACAGCAGCAGCAGGGAGCAGCACUCGAGCUCAUCACGGUAACAGACGGAAAGCAGUUGAAGACGAUGAGGCUCCUCCAGACAAACUUGCAACAUUGGUAGGCGUAUUGGUGAAUCAAGAAAAUCCGAACUCGCAGAAACGCACAGCUAUCGCGUUAGCCAAUAUUUAUUUGCGAGAGAAAGUAUUUUCUCUCAUGACAGGGACAGUUGGAUUGGGUUGUUCACGUCGAGGUAUGAACCCCGUCGAGCACAUGGCCCACUUCGAGGGAGGGAGUCUGAACAUGGAAGAUCGUGCUGUCAACGUUCUACACUUCCUCGCGGCGGCGAGGGAAAAGAAAAUGUUGAUGUCGGAAUAUCCCAACGCCAUGAUAGGCUCCGUCGGGCCGUUGCCCAAGGAAGGGAACCGAGACUCUCCGACUUGCGCAUUCGGAGCAAUGGCCCUGGCGAGUCUUGCCCGUGCUCACAGAAAUCGGAGAAAAAUUGCAGAGUGUCCCGGCGCCUUGGCAGGUUUGGUGAAACUCCUCGGGAAAACAGAAUGUUCUAUCGCGCAAGCGCACGCAGCUUGUGCGCUCGCCAACAUCGCUCAUGGAGAUCGACAAAUUCAGUACACCAUCACCAGGGUCCCGAAUUCGAAUGUUGUAGCUGCUCUUGUCAGGAUGCUAUUCAAACGAGAAAGUCAUUAUGUGCAAGCACAGGCAGCGAGAGCGUUAGCGUGUCUUGCGUCCGUUCGAGAUCGAGAUAACAAUCUGGUUAUUAUCGCGAAGUACCCUAACAUUAUGACAGAUCUAUCCCGUUUGUUGUUCCAGUCCGAUGUGCCCAGCGUCCAGGAGGAGGCCGCCUGGGCUUUGGUCAACAUAGGCCACCGUCAUUUAGGACAUUAGAUGAUGCUAAAAACAUUUACGAUCUUCAAUACUCGAAGACGAUAGAUCAAGAAGAUUUUGCCUUCAGUUUCUAAUUCUAUGUUAUUACGCUCCAAAGUAAUACGUGUAGAUGUUACAUUCGAACCCCCAGUGUCGUAUUAGAUGUAGAUAGACAGCGGCCGACUCUUGUCGCUCCUGAAUGAUUAGAAAAGAACAUUUGAUCCUGAAGUUGGCUCGAUGAUUCGUGAUACUUUAACUUAUAGGCUCGGGAUGAUGAUUCAAGGUGAAAAAAAAACCGAAUCAUCUCCUCAACAUAUUUCCUUUAGGCCCAGUUUUGUUCCGCCGAUCGUAUGAUCAUGAAAAUUGUACUUUACCUUUCCUUGCGUACUAAAAUCGAGCAGAGUUCAAGCAGUGUACCGAAUCUGAUCUUUCCGACAGCAUGUAAUUUCACCCAAGAGGGCUUUUACCAGUGACAUCUAUUGAUCAGAGGCUUUUUGUACAGU